AUUUUUUUUGGAGGGGAAUUUUCGCUAUUUAGAGCCGCGACAUGUUUCCUUCUGAAUGAGUUUCCCUUUAGUCUCAUUCAUCAGAGUGCAGACAUCGUUACAGCGUCGCUAACAAGCUAUUACCGUGCUUCAGACGACGAACAUAUCAGCUGGAGACACAGGGCAGGGAUUACGAGCAUGGGUUCGGGAUGUUCUCACACAAGACAUGGCGUUUGAGCAUAUCAGAGUGAUCUACCCCACAGCUCCAGCAAGGCCUUACACACCUAUGCAUGGGGGACUGUCCCACGUAUGGUUUGACCGUUACAAAAUCUCUCGUGACUGCCCAGAGCAUUCAGAGUCUAUUGAAGAAAUGUGCAGUAAUUUAGGAGCUGUAGUCCAAGAUGAGAUCCGAGCCGGUGUACCUAAGCACAGGAUGAUUAUCGGCGGCUUCUCUAUGGGAGGAGCCAUGGCAUUACAUCUAGCCUGCAGGUACCACCAGGAUGUGGCUGGAGUCUUUGCACUGUCCAGCUUCCUUAAUAAGGGCUCAGUUAUCUAUCAAGCUGUUGAAGAUGCAAGAGGACGUCACCUACCAGAGCUUCUCCAGUGUCAUGGCACAGCUGACGAGCUGGUGUCACAUACUUGGGGAGAAGAGACCAGCAAGUUGCUGAAGAAAGCUGGCAUGACUACCUCCUUCCACUCAUUCCCAGGGUUAAAUCACCAGCUUUGCCGGCCUGAAUUGGAGCUCCUACGUUCAUGGAUCCUGCAGAAGCUUCCAUCUGAAAGCUCUUCCACUGCCAAAUCCUGAGUGGUAAAAACAUUACUGUUUUCCUCUGCAUAAACUGAUCUUUAAUAAAAUGUUCUAUUUCUCGUGUAGGUUAACAUGCAGCGUUUUUAUUUCCUGUGAAAUAAAAAUCUUUUUUUGUUGUUUGUUCUGUUUUAUAAACUGCUGAAUACAUUGCACCUGCUAUUGAUAAUUUGUUUACUAUGCAACAUAUUCAGCUCGGAAGAACAUCCAUGUGUAUAAGUGUGGGUUAAUACAGCUAUAAAACUUUUCUUUGGUGUUUGUGCUCUACGGACAUGUGUUGCCCUUGAAAAAACUGCAGUUAUUGUGCACAUUUCCCAGCUGGCAGCAGGAACCACAUUAAAGUGUUGGCUGAAACAGUGCCGCUGUGCUGGGAUGGCUGUUUCACUGAGCCUGCUUUCACUCACUAUAGUUGUGGUCAGGCUGGAGCUGCAGGUAAAACUAUCACACCAGAAAGCAGGAAUGCCACUCAGCUUUGUGGUCUGAAGUUGGAUUCCUACCCAUUUGACACCCUUUCCGUUUCCUGCAGGCUUGUAGUAGAUCCCUCGUCUUCACUUUUCCUUUUUCCCCCCAUAAGCACCAAUGUCGCUCUUUCUUUUGAAAUCUGUUAAACAUGUGUUUGGAGCUCUGGGCUUUUUGCUCAGUGGACUCAGGCUACAGCACCGAGUGCUUUAUUAAUGGUUAUUGGGAUGAAGUGGUUAGCAAAUUCACUGUGUUUUUUUCUGAAGUUGUGUUGACCCUUCGCUCAAAAUAUGCAGAAGGGCCACAGUGCACCUAUCCAGCCUUUUAUGGAAGCCCAGACAAACUUAAAUUGACAUAGUGGUGAUGGACUGUGUACAAGUAUGUUUAUAUGAAAAUGAGUAAGGGAAUUGUGUAAUGAGUAAGCUUGAUGAUCUGCAGUUUCUUUGUUAAAUGGUUGCCUGUAGAAGGUUAUAACAUAUCAAAGUAACUCAUCACAAGAUGAGUUACUUUGAUAUGUUGAGAUGAGAUGGGGACAUUAUUGACAAUUGGUGACAAUUCUUUUAUUAAUUAUAAAGCAGUUUAUGAUUCCUGAUCCAAUGUGAAUACAAUAUGAGCUGAAAGUGUUGUCUAGAUUGAAUUAUCAUGGAAAAGAAACAAUUUUGUGCUUCAUUAUAUUACGUUUAUGUCCUAUUUAAUGGCAACUUAUAAACCAAGUGCCCAAAACAGUUUGGCAGGAGCAAUGUCAUGUUUUACAAUAGCAAUAACAUCUGUGGAGGUGAAAUAAGCCUUGAUAUGUUAUGUAGUGCAUGAGCCCUCAAAUGUCCAAUGUUUUCUGCUGUAUAUGUGUAUUGUAAUACUCUUUAUUACAUUUAUAAUCUGAUAUGAAAAUAGUCAAUUAUGGCACAGUGCAAUACUAAUGUGAAGCUGAUUCUUUUCCAGUAACAGCUUAUUUUUAGUGCUUAUUUCUGGUUUACCACUCCAAUUUGCCACUGCUCACAAUUUUUGCAUGUAUUAAAAAGUGGCACAUUUUAUUUAUAGUUAAAUUUAAUGUUGUGGAAUGUCUGUGAAGCAAGUUAGUUCCUGUUAUAGCAGCUAAAACAGUCUGUUAUUUUAGUAUUCUUUCUUUUUUCCCUCUCUCUUUUGAAGUUUAAUGAGGCAGAAAAACUGCAGCUACCUCACAGACUUCCAUCCUGAAGACUUUAUCAUGUCAGAAAAGUUACAGCAUUACCUCUGAUUGUUACGAAACGCCGAAACCGGAGACUCCUUCCAAAAAUCUCUCAGAAAGCUUUAACUUGUAAACAAUGACACGCAUUUUUACAUGUUUAGCUUCAGCAUACAAGUCUCUAUGUAAGUUGUUACUGUAGAAAUAGUAAUGCAUUAGAGUGAGUGCUGUUAUAGAAAAUUUAUUUACACCUUCUGGCCAAUCAGCAUUCAGCAGCACUGUGGUACAAUCUUAAAUACACAUGCUAACCAUUAGUACUCUCAAACAUUUACUCAACAGUAAUAGUGAAUAUCCUCCCAUCCUCCCUCCCUCCCUCUCUCUCUCUCUCUCUCUCUCUCUCUCUCUCUUUCUUUCUCUUUUUAACCCCCCCCCCUUCAUUUUCUAACUCUAGCUGUGCUUCUGUGCCAGCAGCAGCUCUCUCUUCUACCCUGCAGUCUCCCACACUCUUGUGCGCCCCCUCACUCCACCCCAACCUUCACUCUUCCUCUCCUUCAGCACUUCACUUCCUUCACUUCUACUGUUAGGGAGCUGGGGCCAGAUUGAAGUUCAGACGUUUUUAUGAUUUAAUGCCCGGGCUAGGUGGGGGUAAUGAAGAAGGCUCCAUGCCGUCUACUCCUUAUGAGUUGAAAUCAGGUAAGGAAAUAAAAAACUGUCAGAGUCUUUAAAAGGAAAUUACCUUUACAGUAGGGAAGCAGUGAAGUGGUUGUGGUCAGACAAAUGUCAGUGUGAUAUCAGACUCAUUAUUGUUGUCCAUCAUUCAUAUGUAAUAUCCUCAUACAGACUCUUAACAAUCUCAGUUUAAAUGCAGUGAACUCUUCGUGACUCUGCUCCAAAUGAGAUGACUUCCUUAUAUUUUCUCAUAUUACGCCCUCUGUCUCUCAGCAUUCAUAUCCUAAGGAACUUACAUUUUUCUUUGACAAGCCCACCUUUCUUUAAGUUGUGUUUCAUCCACUUAAAUGAUAAUCCGCUUCACAGCGCAUGUGUCAGAUGGAAAGAAUGCUAAUCUGGAAGAGGUGCAGAGCUUGGGCUUUUUGGCAGCCAGUUUCCACUGCACACUAGUUUCCAUGUGGUGCCGCUCCAGAGGCCUAGAGAAGCCUGUUUAGGGAACAAAGGUGUUGACAGGGUCCAGAUUGCUUUUUUAAAGGGUCAGACUCUACUGGACAACUGACCCUCAACCUAAAACCACAAUUUUGUGUCAAGCUAGAGCGAGAGAAGUGGACUAGGAACUGUUACCAUCUCAGCAAGUAAAUGUAGACCAUAGGAAUCAGUAAGUCACACAUGCCAUAUGAUCUCCAUCAACAGACCUUCAUCCUUGAGUUGAGGUUUAUAACCCAAACAGUUGUUCAUUUAAAACAUACACCAGGCUGUAAACUGUGUAUUGAGCUUCUGACUAUUUUGCUAAACUUGGGAGUCAGUGAGGUAACAUUAUAAAUUAGCUAUUUAGAUUAGGUGUAAAACAUGAGGUGUGUAGUGUUGUAGGAAAAUCAUCAGUAACAGGGUUGAGUGAUGCAGUCUGAGGCAAACCAGAGGACAAUCACUACCUCAAAGAUGAUUAUUUUUUUAUAACAGCAUGCCCAUUGUGCUGUAGGAGAAAAGUAUUUAUGAUAUUCUGACCACUCAGAAUAAGGAUUUCAGCAGAACUCUGAUGUAAUAGCUAAAGGAAGUAAAAAAGGGAGAUCAAUUUUGCAUAAGCAAUAUAAGCAGUAGUCUUUCUUAAAAUCUGUUUUGCAAUCUGAUAUUCCAAAUCUGAUCAGGAAAUAUGCUGUUGUGAUUCAGAGAACUCAGGAUCUGAGUCAAGUGCUUACGCUCAUACAGAACUGUGUAUGAUCUCAAUGGUCUCCAGAGAGAAAUUAGAUCUCCGUGGCACAUCUUGACUUGGCAAUAUUUUCCCACUCUUUCUUGCGAAAACAUUCUAGAUCCAUCAAAUUGUAAGCGCAUCUCCUGUGCACAGCUCGCUUCACAUCACCCCACAGAUUUUUAGUUGGAUUCAGGGCUGAGCUCUGGCUAGAUCAUUCAAAAACAUGGAUCUUCUUUUGGUUAAGCCAUUCCUUUGCUGAUUUGGAUGUACGCUUUGGGUCAGGUUUGUUAUGCUGAAAGGUGAAAUUCUAUUUCAUUUUCAGCUUUCUAGCAGAUAUCUGAAUGUUGUGCACUAAAAUUGACGUAUUUGUAGCCUAACUUGAUAAAGGCCCCAUUGUUGGCUGAAGAAAAUCUGCCCUAAAGCAUGAUGCUGCCACCACCAUGCUGCACAGUGUGUAUGAUGUUCUUUCAAACAUACUUAUUGGAAUUGUUCUCAGACUAUAAUACAUUUUACCACAAAGACUAUAAUACAUUAAACCAAGGGUUUAGUUGCCCUUGGAUGUUUUAGUGAGAAAGGGCUUCCAUCCUACCCCAUAGCCCAGAUAUGUGAAGAAUAUGAGAGAUUGUUGUCAUAUUCAGAUAGUAAUCAGGGCUUGUGAGAUAUUCCUGCAGCUCCUUUAAUGUUGCUGUAGGUCUGUUGGCAGCCUCCCUGGUAGGUUUCUGUCUGGUCCUUUUAUAAAUGUUUGGAAGGACGUCAUGUUCUUGGUGAUAUAACUGUGGUGUGCAAUUUUCUCUAUUUAUUGAUGAUGGCCUUUACGGUGUGCCAUGGUACAUAUUUUGGUAAUUCUCUCCUGAUUGAUACCUUUCAACAAAUAAGAUGCCAUGCAUGCUUGGUAAGUGCUUUGUGGACUAUGCCUUCAGCAGUCAGAUGAAACCAAGUCGAUGUGAAGAACAUCGUACAGAAACAUCUGGUCUUUAUUUGGUGUUAAUCAGAAUCAUUUCAUUGAUGACAGCUGUAUGAUAAUUACUUUUGAACAUCAGAUUGAAUGUGAUUAGUUCACUCUGAACACAGACUCAUCCUCCAUAUGAAACUUUUAUUUUUCAUAUUUUCCCCUAAAAUGUUUCAGAUUGUAUUUCAUUUUUUAUUUCAUUUUUAAAUGCUGUCAUUUCACAAUGAGGUUCAAAAACAUUCUGAAAUGAUUUAUCUUUGUUUAUUUUUUUUUUUUUUUACCUCAUAGAAACCUGCCAUAUUAACAGGAUUGUGUAGACUAGUUUUCAUAUUCGUUGUAGUCAAACAGCUGUGUAGCUUGGAACAUAGCAUAUAUUUUGCUGGGAUGUAUGUUAAAUGCUGCUCUCAAACAUAGCAGGUAUAAUGGUUUUAUAUGACAGUGUUUUAUAUGGAAGUGUUUAAUACAGUCCAGUCUGCCUGUACCUUUUAGGCCUUAGGGGAAUUUUGGGUUAGAGUUAUCAUCUUGGCUCUUGCUGUUAACACGCUGUCCUUUGCGUGACUUAUUUGGCUGUCUGUAUGUUAUCGCCUAUAAUGACUCACCUUACCAAUGACUUAAUGCACAUCCUUAGUGUCCAUCAUAUUUCUCUUUCCUCCUCAUUUCCCCUUUCCUCCUUAAUUUUCAUUGCUUACAAAGCAGUCCGAGAGACUAACCGGCCACCCCUGAGUUCAAAGAGUGCUAUGCUUUUUUAUUUUUAACUUCUGUUUGUUAAUGGCCUUGUGGGGCUUCUCAGAAUUGUAUAUGGUGAGAUGCUGUAGUGUGUGUCAAGGUUGACAUAGGCACAGUGAACACUUAUUACACCCGGGUGUCUCAGGCAGUUGGAAACCAUCGUUGGACCUCCAUGCUGGCUGACCUACACAUUUAAACUCUGUGAGCUUCUGCCUUAGGGCCAUUUAUGCUGUGAGAGGUUGUUAAGAGAAAAGUUUUGCUUAGCUCAUCAAAAUCGUCCUAAUUCUUUUUAUCUUUUCCUGUUUCUUAUGGACGGGCUUUAUGACAGUUAAAUCAAGGCUUAACAGUCAGUUUGCUAUAUAAUGCUUGUAAUAGUAUCCACAUAAACAAAAUUGGCACUGUCUGGUAGUGUUUAGCCCUA